AUGAAGCAUACUAUAAAGACACUCAUCAUUCAUUCUUUGUUUCUUUCUUUUUUCUUUUGGAUUAUGUCUGAUCAAUAUCUAUCUAUCUAUCUAUCUAUCUAUCUAUCUAUCUAUCUAUCUAUCUAUCUCAUUCAAUCUAAUUUUCUUCGCCAUUUAAUUUUCUUAUCUAUCUAUCUAUCUAUCUAUCUAUCUAUCUAUCUAUCUAUCUAUCUAUCUCAUUCGUUUCACUGCCUAUCUAUAUAUCUAAGCUUGUUCAUAUCUAUCUAUCUAGCUAGUGAGAAUCUAUCUAAUUUUAUACACUAUUUAAUUUUCUUAUCUAUCUAUCUAUCUAUCUAUCUAUCUAUCUAUCUAUCUAUCUAUCUAUCUAAAUAUCUAUCAAUAUAUUCAACAUCUAUCUAUCUAUCUAUCUAUCUCAUUCGUUUCUCUAUAUCUAAGCUUGUUCAUUAUCUAUCUAUCUAUCUAUCUAUCUAUCUAUCUAUCUCAUUUAUUUCUCUAUCUAUAUAUCUAAACUUGAUCUUAUCUAUCUAUCUAUCUAAUACUAUUCAAAUAUCUAUCUAUCUAUCUAUCUAUCUAUCUAUCUAUCUAUCUAUCUAUAAUCUCACAUCCACAAAUACGCCCGAAAUGAAUGGAGACCCGACAAAAGUAUUGCCUUCGUAUUAA